AUUUCGACAAGCUCGCGGGGCGGGCACACGGGGCGUGUCUUAUUCCUGUCGCGGCGCCGGCGCUUUUACGCAUAGAGAAAAGAAAGUUAUAUAAGCAGGACCCUGCCGGGGCCGGUGUUGCACGCCUUGACUGAUGCAUUGAAAGAUGUGAGUGUGCCGCGAGUUGUGAGCGCGCUGCGAUAAUGAGACUCUUAUCACGCUACAAUACAACUACUGACCUGGUCAACAUCCAAGUGCUGUUUGCUUGCUGGCAAAAAGAGAAGGAGGAAAACUUGUCACAGGAUGAAGACUCUUCCACUUGUAAGGCUGCCUUGAGGUGACUGAAAAAUGGGACAGGUCUGCUGCAAAGAUGACGCAGCCCAGCGGAGCCCAGAGGGCAGCCAGAAGCCGGCGGAGCCAGCGCAGGUGCCCCAGCCAAUUGCUCGCGAUGGAGGCGCCGCGGUAGCUGUGCCUGUACCUGCAACAUCCGCAGCACCUGCGCCUACAGCAGCGCCGGGCUCGGACACUCCGGCAGGUUCCACCGCUCAAGUGCCUGCCGCGCCCUUUUCAUCUGCGCUAGCAUCCAAUACGACUCGAGCUUCACUCAGUGCAACUGACCUCGUCAACCUUACGUUGCACGAGGCGGUCCCACCAGUGGCGCCAGCAUCUGCUGCACCAGCAACCGGCCCAGCGCCAGAUGCGGCCUCUAAAGCUGCUGGGAGUGCUGAGGCACCUGCUUUAAUAGCAGCGGAUGCUGGAGCAGCGGCGCCAGCAGCGGAUGCGGCUGCCGCACUGGUGACAAAUGCUGCGGCUGUGUCGGCGACACCCGAGCGCUGGGUCCCCCCCUCGGACGGGCACGACGCGGCCGGGCUAGCUCCACUGCCCAGCUCAACGGGAUUGCCGCCAGUGAGGUCCAUUGGCGACCUCACAGCUUUCACCGCUGCUUCAGGGGGCGGUGCUGGCUCCGGCGUAGACCCUGGUUCGCUUCCGCCGGUGAAGGUGGAGACUACGCGGCGUCACAACGCAGCGGCCGAGGGCUCCAGCUCGGCUGGCUAUUCGGCCAGCGCCACGUCAUCGCAGCAGCAGGGUGCCGGCGGCUCGUCGAUCGUGCAGGGCGGCGCGGGAUCCUCCAUUGUGCAGGGCGCCGGCGGCUCAUCGGCCGCACAGGGCGGUGCGGGGUCUUCUUCACAGGGGCCCACGCUUGGCUCAUCAGCGGCAGGCCCCGCGGGCUCAUCGGUAGCAGAUUCCAAUACCACCAAUCCGGACGGGACAGGGGGCAAAGCGGCGGGCGGAUUCAUGUUUGGCGCGCCACGCGUUAAGGAGCACAAGGAGAAGCGUCGGAAGGAGGCAAAGCGCGCCAAAUCCCACACGUCGUCGAACGCAUCCAGCAACCCAAAGCAGAUACUCGGGAGCGAGGGCCAGCCUCCCACGGAGGGCAGCAAGGGCCAGAGCAUCGGCGCGAGCAGCAGCGGCGUGGGUCCCGCCACCACCGCAACAGGCGGGACCGGCACUGGCGGCGGCGCCGUUCCCGCCAUCGCCGGCAGCAGCAGCAUGGCGCCCCCCAACGGCAGCAGCGCCAUGAUGCCCAGCAUCGGCAGCAGCGACAACAUGAUGUCGUCCUCCAACAACAUGCACACCGGCAUGGGGUCGCCCACGGUCGGCUCCACCGCCGGCACUGCCGCCAUGCAAAUGGAGGGCAGCAGCGGCGCCAACCCAGUCACCAACUUCAAGUCCAUCGGCCGCUCGCGUGCGCAGCGCGGCCCCGUCGGCUCCAAGACUCCAGGCGAGGGCAGCUCCGGCCGGGGCAGCUCAGGCCGCCUUAGUUCCAUCCCAACGCAGGCCACCGGCCUCGCCACGCCAACUGAGGGCGCGCCCCCACCGGUGCCUGAGGGCGAGGAGGAGGGCGAGAGCCAGGGCGAGGGCGAGGACAGCGGCAGCUCGCCGCGCAGCAGCAGCGAACACCUGAGCAUCAUGUCGCCGCCCGAGGGCAGCGAUGUGGAGAACGUGCUGCAGCUCAUCUGCAACGUCUUCCAGCUGCCGGUGGCGCUUGUGGCCGCGUACCGCUCUGCCAACAUCUUCAUCCGCUCCACGGCGCUCAAGCUGACGGACGACGACCAGUGGCGCUACAGCCUGGCGCAGUGGGCCAUGCUCAACGUGCACGACCUGCGCGACGUGCUGCUGGUGCCCGACGCCACCCUGGACGACCGCUUCCGCACCCAGUACUGUGUGGCCAACGAGCCGCGUGUGCGCUUCUUCUGCGCCUCGCCGCUGCGGAGCUCCACCGGCGAGCUGCUGGGCACGCUCUGCAUGGCCGACUUCCAGGAGCGCAUGCUGGAGCCCGCCAACCUGCUGGUGGUGAACAACCUGCAGUCGCUGGUGAUCCGGCAGCUGGAGCGCGACAUGGCGCUGGCGGCGGAGCGGCUGGAGAACGAGGUGGCCACGGAGCAGCUGCAGCAGGAGAUGAUGCGCGCGCUGGACCACUUUGAGAAGUGCAUCAUGUUUGUGGACACCAGCAAGCCGGGCUGGGAGGUGCUCUACACCAACCUGGCGUGGGAGCACGUCACAGGCAUCCCCCGAGAGCAUGUGCUCGGACCAAUCGUGAACCCCAGCGUGCCGCGCGUGCACGUGCUGGGCCGCUCCCUCCAGGACUUCUUCAUGGCACUGGGCGGCGCCAGCCUGGACUGGUCGUCCACGGCUGCCGAGCUGGCCAGCCGCUCCGAGUUCACUGUGAACCGUGUGGCGGUGCGGCAGAAGCCCGACAAGCUGGUGUCGCUGCACCUGCGCCUGGCCACCAACCAGGCCAGCGGCGAGCUGGAGGGCCUGCUGCCCAAGGGGCUGCCCGCCUGGGUGAAGGCGCGCGGCAGCGAGGCCCACAACUACUUCGUCUUCGUCGAGGAGGCCAUGGGUGGCUCCACCGUGUACGAGGCGCUGGCCAAGCACGUGGAGAAGGUGCCGGGCCUGGAGCUCAGCCACCUGCUGGGCAAGGGCGGCUUCGGCUCCGUGUACUACGGCACCUGGAACAGCCUGCCGGUGGCGGUGAAGAUGAUCGACAACAGGCUGACCAAGACCAACACGGAAGGCGUGUCGCUCGAGGCGCUGAUGGGACAGGAGCUCGCCCACCCCAACAUCGUCAAGACCAUCAAGUACGUCAUGCGCAACCAGCUCAACGCCUCCUCCAUCUCCGGCUCCAACUCGCGCGGGCCGAACAGCUCGCAACAGCGCCCCGGCAGGUCCGGCCAGCCGUUGGGCAGCCAGCUCAACAGCCGCAACCCGCACGUCACGCCGCCGCCCGGCAGCCGCCACGGCAGCCGCAACCCGCCGCACGGCACGGACCCGGCGAUGAACGCGGCGGCAGCAGCGGCGCUGGUGCACGCGCGCGGCGCCACCGGCGCCACGUCCGCCAACCCGGGCAUGAUGCAGUACCUGACCUCCGCCAACCCGGGCGCCGGCCCCAUGACCAGCGCCCAGAUCGCGGCGGCGGCGGACCUGACGUCAGCCAGCGGCAUGAACCAGCUGCAACUGCAGCACAUGGUCAGCACCAUGACCAGCGACGCCACCACCGUCGCUGGCGGCGGCACCGACACCAUCGGCAGCAGCGGCAUGCCGGGCCGCCCCGCCAACCUGGUGGGCUCCAUGAGCAUCGGCACGGGCCACGGCUCCACGCCGCUCACGCCCAACCCGGCGGCCGUCGCAGCCGCCGCGGCGGCCAUGAACGCCGCGGAGCUGGCGCGGCACGUGGCCGCGACCGCGACCGCUGCCCCGCACGGCAAGCCGGCGAACGCCGACGGCGACGGCGACGGCGAGUCCUCAGCCAGCGGCAUCACGGCGGUGGGGCCGGCCUCGGUUCACGCCUCCUCGGCCUCCACAGCCGCCGGCCCGCCGUCCAUGGCGAGCGCGGGCAUGCCCGCCAACGCAGUGUCGCCCGCAAACAUGUCGCACAGCGCCUCCGCCACGGCGCUGUACCCCAGGGUGGGCUCCUCCGGGCGCACGCCCAACUCGGCGCAGCGCACAGCAGCCGCGGCCGCGAUCGCGGCGGCGCCUCCGCUGCCUGCGACGCUGCCGCCGCUGGCCGCGCCGGUUGCGAACCCAGCCUUGGCCACCUCCAUCACGGCGGCCUACCCGCCCGGCGCGCCGCCGCCCAACCUCACCGCCGCGCAGCAGGUGCGCCAAACGCAUGCGGCCAUGACCAGCCGCUUCUCCUUGGCCUUCUCCACCAUCACCGAGGGCGGAGACGUGCUGGUGCCGGAGAAGGGGUCGCCGUCGAGUUCCACGGACAGCCACACACAGCGGCCCAACGUGGGCAGUGCCGGCAGCGGCGAGGACAUGGGAGAGGUGUGGAUCAUCAUGGAGUUCUGCGACCGCGGCAGCCUGCAGGACGCGCUGGACCGCGGCGCGCUCAAGCUGCGCAAGCCCAGCGGCGAGAUGGGCGAGACGCACCUGCCCAUGAUGGUGGCCACCGCCUGCGAGGUGGCGUCGGCGCUGCAGUACCUACACGACAAGGGCAUUGUGCAUGGCGACCUGACGGCCUGGAACGUCAUGCUGUGCACCGCACACGACCCUGCAGCGGACCGCAGCGGCCGCAACUUCGUCGCCAAGGUGGCGGACUUCGGGCUGUCUCGCAACCUUGACGUGCGGUCCAAGAUCAAGACGCGCACCUACGGCACGAUCAGCCACAUGCCGCCGGAGUGCCUCAUCUCCGGCAUCAUUAGCAAGGCCACAGACGUGUUCGCGUUCGGCGUGCUGCUGUGGCAGAUGUACACCGGCCUGCGCCCCUGGGCGGGCAUGAACCACGGCCAGAUCAUCUACAACGUGGGCAUGAAGAACGUGCAGCUGCUGUUCCCGCCAGGCACGCCGCCCGCCAUCGCCGACCUGUCCAGCAGCUGCACACGCACCGACCCCACCACGCGGCCCAGCUUUGGUGAGAUCAUGGACAAGCUGGGCAACAUCCGCGCCAGCCUGGGGCUGUGAGAGCAGCGACCUGGCCUGGGGCUGUGCGCGGCGAAGGCGCUGCGCGAUGCAGGGAAAGGGCGGGAGUGCCAAGGGGGAGCCGGGCCUGCGGCUGCAUAGGUGCGCGGCAUGGGGCGAGCGCGAGAAUGGAAAGCUGGUACGGGGCUGCAGGCGUCCAGGCUGCGUGUGGGUGACUUAAUUGGUAUUUCUUUGCGGCCCGCCGCCUGCCACCUGUGUGAAAGCAUGGUUGGCAUAGGCUAGGCAUGUGGUUUGGAGAGACAGUCACAGCAACAUGUGCUGCGCCUACCAACACAAAUAGACAAUUACUUUGUUGUGACCAUGUCGGUAAUGAACCUGGCCGUGUGUCUGGCUAGUGAGCUGAGCCGCGUGUAGCCCGGGCUGUGCAAGCACUGCUUUCAUGUGCGGGGUGCUUACGUGCUUGCUCCAAGUAAUGGACACAGCAGCUGGCAAUGCUCCUGAGUUCUAGACGCACAGCUUGCAAACCCGCUGAAGACUUGCGAUGCAUGGCGCGGCUUGCUGCGAGCCCGAGGUGAAGGGCAACCAGGAGAUAAACGGCGGGGAGGGAGGCCGUCACCCGUGUUGACUGAUGGUUUACAUUGUGUUCUCAAACCGGCAUAGGCUUCGCUGCGCUCGGUACAGCACGGCGCGUGCAAGGCGUUGCAUUGCGUGCGGGCGCAAUGGAUGCCUGCAGGUCGGUAUUUGUGAUGCUGGCAUGGGUGGCGCGCCAGCACUCAGCCGUGCACAAUAAUUGUUGCUGGCAGAUGCUGAGCCAUCUAAUUGUACAGUGGAUUGUACGGAUGGAUUGUGGGCGAAAGCUGGUGCUGCGGCGCCAAGCUUGUGAGUGGUAGGAAAGAUGUGGGGGUGGACUCGCAAUGGAGAUCAUACUGAAGCACAUGGGCAACUGGGGAGAAGGUCGUGACCGCAGCAGGUGGACGCAAGUGCGGGUUGCGUUGCUGCUGGGGUGGGGUGCGGCGCUGUGCCAGAUGUUGGUGGCAGCGGUUGGAUCGAGGGCCCAUUACCCUUCUGUAGGGCUGGAUUCGUGGCGGCUGCGGCGCUGGACGGCGUACAUAAGUUUGGAUGAUCAUGGGGCAAGGUGACCUGGCGAUGCAUGGGGGUGGCAAGCCGUGCGCUGAGCGGGCUUUACUCGCCCACUGCAGCACAGGGCGCUGACUCACAGAGACGGGAGGCGUCGGGUAUGUGGGGAGGGAGUGUAGGGCACGCUGGAAGCUUGUUUCCCGGACUGCAUUAUAGUAGGUACGGGUUUGAUGCGGAGAUUUUGCGACGGGUAGGUGGGUCACAAGAUGGCAGGGAAACGCCCAGCGGCAGGGCAAAUAAUGUGGGCAAAUAAUGUGGGCAGAGCAGCGCCGACGACGUCCGCAUGCGGCGACGCGCGGACGCUACGGCAUGCAUUGCGCGAAGGACGACUGUGAAGGAAGCGGCGCGACGACAGGGCCGGACGGCAGCAAGGUGGAUUGGUUUUGGAUACGGUGUCGAAGUAGAUUGUUGUUGAGAUCCUGAUGAACCACACAUUGGUCAGAGGUAACGAAUGCACCACCAUUCUAGCAUUGCGUUAAUAUAGACUGCUGAGGUGGCUAGGACCGCAUCCCUCUGAUGCCUUGUUCGGACGGUGCGGCCGACGCUACAUGCGCUCAGCAUCAUCAGUCUCAUUCAUGAACUCCGCUGUAAGUCCCACUUAUC